UGUUUUGUGAGCAAGAUUCUUACAGAUAGGUGUCAGUGUGAGCAGUUCAGUGUUUUUAUAUAGGUACCUUGGCACUUGGCAGUUCUCUAUAUACCGUUUGUGCGGCGCUGUGCGGCUGUGUCUCAGGCGGCGCCCGGACCGGCCGUGUCUCAGGUGUGCGGCUGUGUCUCAGACGGCGCUGUGUGGCUGUGUCUCAGGCGGCGCCCGUACCGGCUGUCUCAGGCGGCGCCCGGUCCGUCUCGGCCGGCCAUGCAGGUGCAGUGGCACACGGCCGGCCUGCUGGCCACGGUGGCUGUGUUCGCCGGCACGGCCACGCUCGUGUUCCACCACGUGUACCACCUCCAGCCGACGCCCUUCAUCGACGAGGCGUUCCACGUGCCGCAGUGCCAGCGCUACUGCGCCGGAAACUUCACCCAGUGGGAUGACAAGAUCACCACGCUGCCGGGCCUGUACCUGCUGUCGGUGGGUGUGCUCGGAUACACGUCCGGUCUACAGCGGCCCGCGUGCUCGCUCUACCUGCUGCGCCUGGUGAACCUGCUAUUCUCGGUCGGCACGCUGAUCACCCUCUACAGCAUCCUGAAGGUGCUCAACGCCGAGCAGGAGCGGCGCGAGUGGCGCCACCUGGUGGCGGCGCUCUCGCUGGCCUCGUUCCCGGUGCUGUACACGUUCUCGUUCCUCUACUACACGGACAUGGCGUCCACGCUGCUGGUGCUGCUGAUGUACUCGCUGCACCUGCACCGGCAGCCGGGCGCGGCCGCCGCCAUCGGCGCCGUUUCGGUGCUGGUCCGGCAGAGUAAUGUCAUCUGGGUGGCGGUGGUGGGCGCGUUCGCCUGCACGGACGCCAUGGUGGCGGCGCUGACGGCGGCCCGGUCGGCUCCGCGCCGGCGGCCCGUCGACCCGAGCUCCCCCAGAAUCGUCCGGGAGGUGUUGCACUUCUACUGGUCGCAGGCGCGCCACGACCCGCUGGCGCUGGCCGAGGCGCUCACCGAUGUGGUGUACGAGGGCGUGCAGUACGGCGCCGUGUGCGCCGCGUUUGUCGCCUUUGUGGCGUGGAACGGCGCGCUGGUGGUGGGCGACCGGUCGGCGCACGAGGCGGUGCUCAACGCGCCGCAGCUGCUCUACUUCCUGGCCACGUCGGCCGUGUGGCUGGCGCCGCUGAUGGUCGAGUCCGCCCGGCAGAUGUUGGCGACUGUGCGCGCCCGGCCGGCGCUGUGGGCCGCGCUGGCCGCCGGCCUGACGCUGCUGCUACAGUCGGCCGGCGCGCCGCACCCCUACCUGCUGGCCGACAACCGGCACGUGGCGUUCUACGCGUGGCGCCGCUGGCUGGGCCACCGGACUCUGCGGCUGACGCUGGUGCCCGUGUCGGCGGCCACGCUGGCGCUGCUGGCGGCCGGCGGCGCCCGGCGCCCGCUGCUGCAGCGCGCCGCGCUGGCGGCCGGCACGGCGCUGGUGCUGGUGCCGCAGCGGCUGCUCGAGUUCCGCUACUUCAUCGUGCCGUUCCUGCUGUGGCGGCUGCAGCUGCGGCCGCCCGGCAGCGCCGCCCUGCUCGCCGAGUGCGCCCUGUACGCCGCCGUCAACGCCGCCGUCCUCUACCUGUUUACCGUGAAAACGUUCACCUGGGAUGACCAGCCGGGGGUGCAGCGAAUCAUCUGGUGACCGGACGGGGUGCAGCGAAUCAUCUGGUGACCGGACGGGUGCAGCGAAUCAUAUGGUGAUCGGACGGGGUGCAGAGGGUCAUUGGUGACCGGACGGGGUGCAAAGGGUCAUCUGGUGACCGGACGGGGUGCAGAGGGUCAUCUGGUGACCAGCCGGGGGUGCAGCGAAUAAUCUGGUGACCGGACGGGGGUGUAGAGGGUCAUCUGGUGACCGGACGGGGUGCAGAGGGUCAUCUGGUGACCGGACGGACGGACGGCAGUGUCCCCAGUGAACUCCAGUGCGCCGUGUCUCAGGUUCCUCGGUCCGCCGUUCACUGUGGUGCAGUCAGUAGCAGCGGCCAAGAUUAUGUACUUUACUACUCGCAGCGGCCACUGAUGUGCCGCAGCGCGGUCGGUCCUUGCCUUUGGCCAUGUGCGCUCUAAUUCCAAAAAGUGGGACAUUGCCACAGGGAUAACGAAUUGGGGCACUGACGAAAGGCCACAGAGACGUCCCCACACGAACGUUUCCAUUGGGGACUUCGUAAGUCACACGACACAUUGAGGGUGCAUGUGGUGCAUGCGGUGUCAUUGAUGAAGUUUUCCUUUCAUCACGUAUUAGAUGGUCAGCAGAGCAGGAAAAAGAUGAACGAUUUGUUGAUCUUUGUUAUUUUUAUUUUGUUGUUUGUGUGUUUAUAUUGAUUUUUACAGACAUGGCAUGUGCGUGUUGUUGAGGAAAAAUGGUCAAUAAAAUAUGGGUCAAAUGCCUUC